GCAAUGGCGUCCAACGCGGCGGAGAGGGAGAUUUUCCUCACAGACCUGCAGCAGGUAGAUGUGCGAAAUAUCCUUGUCUCUGACAGCGUGAGCAUUGGACAAAAAUUGGACUAUUCAGACAUCAUGGUACAGCAGAAGUUGGAUGAAGUAAAGGACCAAAUUAAACGGGAAAUAAGGAAGGAACUUAAAAUCAAGGAAGGAGCAGAAAACCUUAGGAAAGUCACUACCGAUAAAAAAAACUUGGCUUAUGUGGACGACAUUUUGAAAAAAUCAAAUAAGAAACUAGAAGAAUUACAUCAUAAGCUACAGGAAUUAAAUGCACAUAUUGUUGUAACAGAACCUGAAGAAGUUGCAGAUUGUCCCCGGACCCCGGAUACACCAAACAGUGAUCCUCGUUUUCCUACAAAUAACAUGUUGAUGGCCUUAAAAAAACAGUUGGAUAUAGAACUGAAAGUGAAACAAGGAGCAGAGAAUAUGAUCCAGAUGUAUUCAAAUGGUUCUUCAAAGGAUAGAAAGCUUCUUGCAACAGCUCAACAGAUGCUGCAGGACAGCAAAACAAAGAUAGAAGUUAUAAGGAUGCAGAUUCUUCAGGCGGUCCAGACUAAUGAAUUGGCUUUUGAUAAUGCUAAGCCUGUGAUAAGCCCACUUGAGCUUCGAAUGGAAGAGUUGCGGCAUCAUUUUAGGAUAGAGUACGCAGUCGCAGAAGGAGCAAAAAAUGUUAUGAAGUUGCUUGGAUCGGGAAAAGUUACUGACAGAAAAGCUCUCUCAGAAGCUCAAGCAAGAUUCAAUGAAUCAAGCCAGAAAUUGGACCUCCUAAAGUAUUCAUUAGAACAAAGACUUAACGAACUCCCUAAAAACCAUCCCAAAAGUAGUAUUAUUAUUGAAGAGCUUUCACUUGUCUCAUCACCAACAUUAAGUCCACGACAAAGCAUGAUUUCUACACAGAAUCAGUAUAGUACGUUAUCCAAACCAGCAGCUUUAACAGGUACUUUGGAAGUUAGACUCAUGGGUUGCCAAGAUAUUUUGGAGAACGUACCUGGUCGAUCAAAAGCCACAUCCAUUACUCUUCCUGGAUGGAGUCCAAGUGAGGCCAGAUCAUCUUUUAUGAGCCGAACCAGUAAAAGCAAAAGCGGGAGUAGCCGGAAUCUUCUGAAAACAGAUGAUCUGUCCAAUGAAGUCUGUGCUGUUCUGAAACUGGAUAAUACUGUGGUUGAUCAAACUAGCUGGAAGCCUAUUUCCAAUCAGUCAUGGGAUCAGAAAUUUACACUGGAGCUAGACAGAUCACGUGAAUUAGAAAUUUCUGUUUAUUGGCGUGACUGGAGAUCUCUAUGUGCAGUGAAGUUUCUACGGUUAGAAGACUUCUUAGAUAAUCAGCGACAUGGGAUGUGUCUCUAUCUUGAGCCCCAGGGCACUCUGUUUGCUGAGGUUACGUUUUUUAAUCCAGUUAUUGAAAGAAGACCAAAACUUCAAAGACAGAAGAAAAUUUUCUCAAAGCAACAAGGCAAAACAUUUCUCAGAGCUCCUCAAAUGAAUAUUAAUAUUGCCACUUGGGGAAGGCUGGUGAGAAGAGCUAUUCCUUCAGUAAAUCAUACUGGCACUUUCAGCCCUCAAGCUUCUGUGCCUGCUACAGUGCCAAUAGUUGAUACUCGAAUUCCUGAGCUAGCAUCAGCAGCUAGCAACUCCCCUGUAACCAAAUUGGAAUUUGAACUUGAAUCCGAACCCCCACUUACUCCACCGCGUGCUUCUUCUCUCGGAGAAAUAAGUGAACCUUCACCUGAGCCAAAGGCUCCAGCUACACCCACUCAGAUUUUUUUUCUUCUACACAUUUCACAGGAUGCAGAAACAUUUGAUUUUGAGCAUGACAGAAAUAAUUUUGUCCCCAAACUUCAGCCGGAAAUUAUUUAUGAGACUCAAAUUUCAAACUCUGAUAUAGAGUAUACUAUACGAGAACCUGAAGAUAGAAGAACACAGCAGAGAUUUCAAUUUAGUUUACAGGACUUCCGAUGUUGUGCUGUUCUGGGCCGAGGACACUUUGGAAAGGUCCUGUUGGCUGAGUAUAAAAAUACAAAUGAAAUGUUUGCUAUUAAAGCCUUAAAGAAAGGAGACAUUGUUGCUCGUGAUGAAGUAGACAGCCUCAUGUGUGAGAAACGGAUUUUUGAAACUGUGAACAGCGUAAGGCAUCCCUUUCUGGUGAACCUCUUUGCUUGUUUCCAAACCAAAGAUCAUGUGUGCUUCGUAAUGGAGUAUGCUGCUGGUGGGGACCUCAUGAUGCAUAUUCACACUGAUGUCUUUUCUGAACCAAGAGCCGUAUUUUAUGCUGCCUGCGUGGUUCUUGGACUGCAGUAUUUGCAUGAGCACAAGAUAGUUUAUAGAGAUUUGAAAUUGGAUAACUUGUUGCUGGAUACAGAAGGUUUUGUGAAGAUAGCUGACUUUGGCCUCUGCAAGGAAGGCAUGGGAUUUGGUGACCGAACAAGUACAUUCUGUGGCACUCCAGAAUUUCUUGCUCCAGAAGUGUUGACAGAAACAUCUUAUACAAGAGCUGUGGACUGGUGGGGUCUUGGUGUGCUCAUCUAUGAAAUGCUGGUUGGUGAGUCUCCCUUUCCUGGAGAUGAUGAAGAGGAGGUUUUUGACAGUAUUGUAAACGAUGAAGUAAGAUAUCCUCGAUUCCUGUCUACAGAAGCCAUCUCCAUAAUGAGAAGGCUUCUGAGGAGAAAUCCAGAGCGGCGUCUUGGUGCUGGUGAGAAAGAUGCCGAAGAUGUCAAAAAGCAUCACUUUUUCCGGUUGAUAGAAUGGGAUGCCUUGCUUGCCAAGAAAAUGAAGCCUCCUUUUGUACCAGUCAUAAGAGGAAGAGAAGAUGUCAGCAAUUUUGAUGAUGAAUUUACCUCAGAAGCACCUAUUCUCACUCCACCCCGGGAGCCACGGAUACUUUCAGAAGAUGAGCAGGAAAUGUUCAGAGACUUCGACUACAUUGCUGAUUGGUGUUAAUUCCUUAGACACUGUGAAAUCCUACCUGAUUGGCUCAUGAGAACAACAUCCUCCCUCCCCCUCAAGAAGAAUACCAGCCUUUGGAUUGGUCUCUGUGUUGCCUGUAGCUUCUGAUUUUAAAUCACAUGAAGAUUUUUUAAAGUACUGUUUUUAAUACACCCGAGGAGUGGCCUCUUGUAUAUCCUUAUUUUAAAAAAUCUUGAGCACUGGAAAGCAGUUCUAUGCAGCUUUUAAAUUGAAUUGUUGGAUAUGGUUCGUGUCCCACUCUCAUAUAAGCACACAUCCUUUGUACCUUUUAUUUUUUUGGAGCAGACCGCAUUGCAAAUUAUAUGCCUUAAAAAGUGGGACAGCAACCAGACUGACAACCAUCUACCCAGGUUUUAUUGAAAGAAGGCAAAAGCUGGCCCUUUA